AUGGCGUCGCUUAAAUUAGAAAGGAGGGCCUCUGCCAUGGCCGCCUGCGAGCUCCUUCGAAUAAUCUUUCCUGGGCGUAUUGCCUUUCCAGCUGAUGCUAACUACGGCUCUGAAAUGGAGCUUUCAUGGUCGUCAAAUUGCUGGCUUCCCGCCGCUUGCUUCGUGCGCCCCGCUGACGCUAAUGGCGUCGCCCAGGUGCUCAGGGUGGUGAAGAAGACUGGGGCCAGGUUUGCUGUUCGCGGUGGUGGACAGAAUUUCAACCCUGGUUUCUCUAGCGUCGGGGGCUACGGGAUCGUCCUCGACCUACAGGACCUCAACUCCCUCUACCUGGAAAACGAUAAAACAUUGCAGGUUGGUGCUGGGAACACAUGGGGCCAUGUCUUCAGGUUUCUAGACCAAAGCGGACUAUCUGCGGCUGGUGGCCGCCAGAACAAUGUUGGAGUCUCUGGUUUCCUUUUGGGAGGUGGAAUGCCGGCAUUUCCUAACCUUCAUGGCCUGGGCGCCGACAAUGUCAGGAACUUCGAGGUCGUGCUUUCUAACGCUACGAUCGUCAACGCAAACGCCUACGAGAAUGCAGAUCUCUACCUUGCACUAAAGGGAGGUGGUUCGAACUUCGGGGUUGUUACACGUUUCGAUAUCGCUACAUAUCCUAUCAUGACCGAAACGACAAUUGCAACAUUUAGGCUAGAGGGCUACCGGGAAGUGCUUUGGACCGUAGUGCAGGCACAGGAAGCGAUGGAGAAAGACCCUAAAAUUGGCAUGUUUCUAACUGUCAACCCUGGAUUCAUAGCUGUGGGUCUACUUUACGCAGACGCGAUAUUAGAAAGGCCUCACGUCUUUGAGAGCUUCUUCAAGCUCAAAAGCCUCAUUCAAGUCGUUGUGCCAACGACAACCGGAACUAUGAAAAGCCUAGUGAACGCAAUAGGACCCCUGACACCCCCGACAAGACGCUUGAUCUCUACUGUCACCACAAAAGUAUCCUACGAUUUCUACCUAGCCGUACAUCAAUUUUGGCUUGAUACUGCGAAUCAUCAACCGGGAAUUGAUAGCUUGUCAUACAACAUCCAACCAGCGUCUCCGGCUACUGCUCAGCUAGGGAAAGACAAAGGUGAAAAUGUGUUAGGACUCGAAAAAGUAACCCAAACAUGGUGGUCCUUUGUGGCCGAAUGGUCUGACUCGGUUAACGAUGAGCGGGCCUCUCAGGGGUUGGAUGUUUUGCAGCAGGGCAUAGCUAGGCUAGCCGAAGAACAAGGCCAGAGCCUGGACUUCCUAUCUAUGAACGCAGCUAAAUACUCACAAGAUGUACUGGGGAGUUACGGACAGGAAAACGUUGCAAGGCUUUCAAACACUGCAGCAAAGUACGACCCUGAGGGAUUUUUUCAGACGCAUCAAAACGAUGGCUUCCUUCUGCGGAAAAUUUGA